AUGGCUCUCCGAUUCGUCCUCGUCGCAGUGGCAGCCGCAACUCCACCGUCGCGCGUCGACGACGCGUUUCAAUGGAACGCCACGCCAAAGUGCGCGCCAUGCCGCGUCGUGCCCGACGGACCAAUCGUUGGCAACGGCGACCUGGGAGUCGUCAUCGGCGGCAGCCCCGGCACGGCCCUCGGCCCGCCCGGCGGCGCGCCCGGCGGCGACGAGGCGCUGGGCCUCUAUUUCGGCAAGAACGACUACUGGGGCUGGCCCGACGCGUUAACCUUCCACGCGAGCUUCAUGCACUUUUCGCCGGGCUUCGUGCUCCUCGGCGUCGCGGGCGAGACGCUGCCGGCCUUUACCGCGUCCCAGACCAUCUCCAACGCGACGCUCGCCGCGCGCGUCUCCAACGCCGACGUGUCCAUCGAGAUGUCGAACGCGCGCGUGCUCCUCGAGAACGUCCUCGUCGCCGACGUCGUCGCGACGUGCGCGGGAGCCGCGGCGGAGCUUAAUCUGACGAUCGGCAGCGACAACCUCUUCGCGAUGCCGCUGGUGCUCAACGCAUCGACGCCGGCGCUCGAAAAGGCCUCGGUCAAGGACGACGGCUGGCGGGCGCCGCUCAUGGUCCCCUGCACCACGAGCCAGAUCGUCUUCAAUUCGGAGCGCGCGUUCGCCGUCGACGCGUCCGGCUUCUUACGAGGCGCCGCGGGCCAGUGCGUCGCCCUGCGGCACGGGUCGCCCGUCGCCGCGCCCUGCGACAACACGACGCGCUGGCGCCUCCGCGCCGACGGCCGCGUCGAAUCGCCCGAAGGGACGUCGUGCCUCGCGGCGAAGGACACGGGCGUCGACGCCGCGUGCCCGCCGCACUCGUACUACACGGACGCGAACGCGACGGGCGCCUGCCAGUCGAGCAAGUACGUCGUCGCCGUCGGCGCCUGCGACGCCGCGACGCGGUGGAGCUUGAACGACGACGGCUUCCUCGAGGACGCGGACUCGGGCCGCUGCCUCGCGCUCGCGCCGCGCCUCGAGUCCAACGGCGUCGCCGUGGCGGCGCGGCUGCUCCGCGAGGGCGUUGCCCUCGACGCUCGGAAGUCGGCGCCGGCGCCCGACGGGCGGUCGCGCUCCUUCCUCUACGACGUUUCGUGCGGCGAACGGUUGGCGCUGCGCGUCGCCGUGCUCUCGGAGCGCGACGCGGAGGACCCGCUCGCGGCGGCCGUCGCGGCGGCGGCGGUCGAGACCGAGAACGCGUCGGCGACCGCGGCGUUCUGGGAGGACUACUGGACCCAGGUCACGUCGCUCUCGCUCGACGCGCACCCGGACCUCGAGCGCUACUUCUACGCGUCUCUGUACCUGCAGCGCGGCGCCAUGCGCGUCGGAAAGACGCCGCCGGCGCUCUGGGGCCCGUACAGUACCACGGACUUCCCGGGGUGGAGCGACGACGUGACGCUCGACUACAAUUUCGAGGCCAACUACUGGGCGACGACGAUGCUGAACGCGCCGGAGCUCGCCGCCCAGUACAACGACUUCAUCCUGAAGGAGUCGCGGCUCGUGGAGCUCGCGCGGCGCCGCGCGGCGCUCGAGGACUGGUCGCUGGGAGGCUGGCCCGACGUCGCCGGCGCGGAGGUCUCGGGCAUGUCCUCGCGCGCGAGCGACUUCGGCGGCUUUGGCGGUUUUGCCUUUGUCAGCUGCACGGGCGCCUUCCGGGGCAUGGAGUGCUGCUUCGACGACGGCACGCGGUUCGUGGCCGGGCUGGUCGCGACGCCGAUGCUGUCCUACUACGACGGCACGCGCGACGAGGCGUUCCUGGAGGAACAGCUCGUGCCCUACCUGCGGGGCGUCGCCGAAUUCUACGAGAGCUACGCCGUCGACGGAGACCUCCCCUUUACGUGCGCCCAGGAGACGUGCAACUCGGACCCUAAAGUCGCGCAGCACAACAACCAUCAGGACCUCGCGUACGCGCGCAUGGUCUACCAGCGGCUCAUCGACUUCGGCGACGACGUCGAGCGGUGGUCGAGGAGCCUCGCGGCGCUCGCGCCCUUCCCGCUCGCGAACGCGUCGCGCGGCCGCGUCUUCGCCGAGGCGGUCAACGCGGGGCCCGCGCAGCCAGCGCCCGACUCCAACGCGGCCUACGCGAUCACGCACCUCGCGGCGAUCUGGCCGGGCCGCCUCGUCGACGCGGCGUCGGCGCGCGUCGACCGCGAGCUCCUGAGCGUCGCGCGGAACACGGUGGCGCUCGUCAACGACGUCACGGACUUCGCGCCGGGCAACGGCUUCGUCCUGAACUGGCCCGCGUCCGCGCUCGUCGUCGACGGGCGCGACGCCGGCGCGCUGUGGGCCAACUUGUCGGCGGCGUACGCGCGGCGCGCGACGCCCAACGGCUGGCCCGACCUCGGCGGCGGAGGAUUGGAGCAGAACGGCGCGCUCGCGGCCGUGGGCUUCGCGCUCGCGCGCGUCGUCGACGGCGGCGUGCUCCGGCUCUUCGCCGGCUGGCCGGACGACGCGCCCGCGGCCUUCGAGCGGCUGCGCGUCGACGGCGCGUUCCUGCUGAGCGCCUCGAGGGAGGCGCGCGCGCCGCUCGCGCGCCUCGCCGUCCGCGCGGAGCGCGGCGGCGACCUGCGCAUCCCGGCGGACGCGUUCGCCGCGGCCGCGCUCUGCGACGCGUCGGGGCCGCUGCCCCGCGCGGACGACGCCGCCUGCGACGCCUGCUUUCACCUCGCGACGGAGGCGGGCGGGACCUACGUCGUCCGCGCCUCCCUCAACGGGAGCGCCGCGCCGACGCUGACCGGCCUGCGGCCCGCGCCGGACAUGGAGCUCAUGGCACCGUCGGACAUCCCGUUCCCGGACGUGAGCACGGAGACGCGCCGCGACGCGAUUAAAGCGUAUUUCAAGGGCGCGAAGCAGCUCUGGGCCGACGUCAAGCUGUGGCGCGCGCUCCGCCAGCGCCACCAGCCGCUCCACCGGCUCACCUGGCGCGAGCACAAGGUGCAGGCCAACGCGCCGAAGCAUGCGCUGCGCAUGCUGCCGCUCCUCGCGAACCCGCUGCCGCCGCCCUUCGGGCUCGUGUUGAUCGGCGUCGCGGCGACGAUGCCGCGGACGCUCCUCACCCCCCAGUUCUGGACCGACGGCCAGUGCUACGCCUUCGCGCGGAAGGACGGCGAGGGCGCGCGGCGGCGGCACGCGAAGCUCCUCGAGGAGCUCACGCGGAAGACGAGCCAGGGGCGCGCGCCGACGGCGGCGCCGCUCCCGGGGGACGUCGUCGCCGAGCCCGCGGCGGCGGCCGAGGGCGGCGGCGCCGCGCCGGACCUCGGCUCGCUGGGCUCCGUCGCGGACGCGUUCUGCGACGGCGGCGGCCUCGCGCUCGAGGACCUGAGCCGGCGCCACCUCAUCCGCCUCGCGCGCUGCGCGCGGCCGCGGCCCAAGGGCCGCUUCGGCCUCAGGUUCACCCGAAACCGGAAGAUCCGCGCGGUGCUCGCCGCGGCCGCGGCCGCCGCCAAGGCCGAGGACGACGCGCUCGACGCGGACUUGAGCACGCCCGACGGCGACGUCUGCCUCUCGAACCGCGAGCUCCUCGAGGUCUGCGGCGCGCGCGGCAUCCGCGUCGACGGAACGCACGGUGCGCGGCUCGCGCGGCUCAAGUUCUGGCUCCAGGCGCGGCGGCUCCUGCUGCGCUCCUCCCCCGAGCAACCGCCGCCGUCGCUCCUCCUCCACCUGCCCGCGCUCCUCUCGACCCUGCUCGAGCAGACGCACGCGGAAGACCUCGCGAAAGAGUUACGCUAG